CUCUCGCUCGGGCUUGGGCCAUGUCGCGCUUGUUCCUCGGCGCCGCCCUAACCGCCGCAGCGGCUGGGGUCCUGUCCUCAGCAACCUCGUGGAAGCUGUCGUCGCCUAUCCCACUCUCGGCUUCGCCCUCCUCUUCUCCGUCGGCGCCCGUAGGCCCGGCCGCGGUCACCGGCCACCUCGCCCUCGUCCGCGCGCACCCGGCUCUCCUCGAGCUCAACGCGAUGCUUACACCGGCCUCCUUCCUUGUCGACGCCACCCAGGCGCUCCUCGUGUGCGCACUUCGCUGUCCGCCUGUGUACCCCGAGAAGCUCCGGAAGCGCCGCGAAUCCUUCAACGCACAGAUCCUGUCCGCGGAGUCGGAUGGCCACGCGACAGCGGAGCGGGCGGCAAUGGCCCGGGCCAACAUAGCCGUCAUAGAUGCGCGCGAAGGCCGCCUACAGGACGCGCGCGACGUCAUGGUGCAGCUCGCCGCGGAGCGCCCAGGCAACACCACCUUGCACCUCUUCGCUGCCGCGUUCUGCCGCGUGCUGGGCCGCCACGCGGAGGGGGGUCAGUGUCUGCACGAUCCCGCCGUGCCCGACCUCUCCCGCCACGAGCACAAGAUUCUGUUCGCGACGGCCGUCCUUAGCGCCACGACGGGGUCCGUGCCGCGCGCUGUGGCGGCCUCGGAGGAGCUGGUCCUGACCAGCACGCUUGGGCUGCUCGAGAUAUCGAUGUGGUACUUCUUCAAGCACGGCGAUCUGCCGGAGAGGCUGCAGGUGUUAGCGUUGAUGGCAUUCUUGCGGGGCGUCGUUGCGAAGAAGCUAAACAGAGAUGAUGAACGACCUGCCCCGAGCCACCGAUGGAGAGUUCUCUUGAAAACUCCAUUUAGAUUGAGGUGACUGUCUGAUGGCAACUUGGUUAAGACAGAAUAUUCAAGUGAAGCGCUGAUCAUUAACUGUUUUGAAAGUGCUAUUACUGCUAUACCGACCAAUUGCAUGAAUUGAUGUCCAAAUUUCACUUUUAUCUUGGUACUGCCAACAUAUCGUAUAUACUCAUACAAAAGUAAUGCUUACCCUGGCUUGGCAACAGAGGAGUCAACAGCGAUGUUAAACAUGAUGAAUAUGAAUUGCUGGAUUUACAUUUC